UUUCACUUUGCAUGUCUUAUCGCUGCGUCAUGAUUAGAUGAGCAGGAAGCAGCGAUAACGGCCGUGCAGGAACCUUAUCACUGCAAUGCAAGUAUAACGUGCCCGACGGUCAUACAUGCAUGCAUCUCUCGUCCCGCCACAGGUCGCCGAAGGUUACAAGCGUGUUUCAGAGCGUAACGUCAAGAGCGACCGACUGAUCCUUGCCCAAGGUCCUCAUCUUGGCUGACACGCUGGGUGCACUCGCUUGACCGGUCGAUGCGUCUUGGCCAACUGGCUGCCAAUCCCCUUCCUAGAAGGAGCUUCCAGCGACCAGGCACUGCGAAACUGCAUUACCUCCAGCGCUCCAAUUUCCCCAUGACCUCUCAUACUUAAUUGCGACAGACGGCGGCCAUCACACCAUGGUUGAGUUUCUACGCAUCCACCUCGUCCUCGGGACGCUCCUCGAGGUCGUCUCCUUCGCGCGCCUUGUCUUCACGGACACGCCCUUCGUGGAGCUAUUGCCUACCGUGACAGACCCAUCGUUCGAUGCUGUGCCCGCCGUCCGCCGCCUCUACGCACUCUACGUGCUCACGCUUGCGACCCUCCGCUUCGCCACGGCGUGCGACAUGACCAACGCCGCCCUCUUUGGUGCGCUCACGGUCGCCCACGUCAUGGAGGCCGCGUACUCGGUGCUCGAAGUUCUCGUCUUUGCCGACGUUCCGGUAUCGUCGCUCUUGACGCUGGCCCACGCGCCCAAGUCGGCGAUGCUAGCGGUCCUGAUCGCCCAAAUGCUCUUUAUCGGGACGGGCUACUUUCGCUACGUCGUGCCUCACAGUGCCAAGCUAAAACGCCAGUAAACGCUGGACGUUCUCUGUAUAACAGCGACCAAGACGUCUUAGGUUGAUGAUAUAGCAGCGUGCCAGUAGGCAUGCAAACAGCGCUGUCCUUCCUCGAACGCGAACGUAUCCAUGUGUCCUGCGUCCGCAACGGGGCAGAAGCGCAG